UGGGAACCAGACUCCACGUAUGCAGCAUGUGUAUCUUUGUGAUCUCCUCUGUUACAGCAUUGUUCCAGAUAGGAUGGGCCAUUGCCUCUCUGAUGUUCCUCGGUUUCUUCAGAUCAUACUUGGACGCAAGAAGAGCAUAGCGAGUGUUAGGCUUUUGAAUGCCAGCUUUGCUUCUUGUUACCAUAGAAUGCUGAUUCUGCAGGUUUGGAAUCACAGGCUGGGCUUGAGCUUCAGGAGGAACUUCUAGGACAUGAACAGGAGCUUCUGGAUGGUGAACCACCUGAACUGGAGCUGGUAUAGUCCGAGAGACCUGCUUAGGAGGAACAGAUGCAGGAGCAGACGCAGUAGCAAGUUGCCAAGCCUUGAGUAAACAAGUGUCAUAACGGGGAACAAAUGUCUUGUACUGAUCUUUGAAGGGAAACGAGGUCUCCUCAAAGAUAACAUGUCGAGAUAUAUACACCUUGCCUGUUGGUGGAUAUAGACAUCGGUAGCCUUUAUAGCGAGGACUAUAUCCAAGAAAGACACAAAGCAGUGAGCGAGGCUCAAACUUGUGUUCUGCAACUGGACGGAGGCAAGGGUAACAGGCUGAGCCGAAGACACGUAGGUGAUUGUAGUCUGGUUUGUUCCCAGUGAGAAGCUCGUAAGGACUCUUGUUGUUCCUUGAAGCUGAAGGCAAGAGAUUGGAGACAUACGAGGCAGUGUAGAAGGCUUCUACCCAGUGAUGCAGUGGCAAGAAACUUUGAAACAUCAUAGCCAAACCAAGCUCUAUAAGAUGCCUAUGCUUGCGUUCUGCAAUCCCAUUUUGUUGGGGCGUGUAAGGGCAGGAGACUCUAUGUUGUAUUCCAUUAUCUAUCAAAUGCUGUCUCAGAUUGUUGUUUAUAAAUUCUCCUCCCCCAUCUGUCUGUAAUAUUUUGAUCUUCUUGGAGUAUUGAUUCUCAACCAGCUUUUGAAAUCCAAGAAAUACUGAAAAGAAGUCUGCUUUAUUAUUAAGUGGAUAGAACCAACUGUAGCGAGAACAUUCAUCAAUGAAGACAGCAUAAAAUCUAAACCCCUGGUUAGACACAACAGGAGAGGGACCCCAGAGAUCACAGUGGAUACAUCCUAGAGGUUCUGAUGAGACUAAAGAAGUUGAAGAAAAAAACUGCAAACGACUGCUCUUGCCCAUUUGACACGGCGUACAGACAGGGAGAGUCUUGCUUUUAUUAAAGGAAAUGGCUUUGCUGCUAUGUAAAAGUUGGAGAGUGUUGGAGCUCGAGUGUGCAAGCCGGUGAUGCCAUACUUCCUCAGAGGCAGACACUUGACGACUUGAGUAGAACGCUUGAAGCUCGGUACUCUGCAACUUGUACAACCCAUUACUUCUGAGCCCCUUUGCUAUCACUUUCUGAUGUGGUAUAUCAAUCACAUAGACAUGUUUAGCAUCAAAGAAUAUCCCACACGGAUAAUCAUCACAUAGCUUGGAGACAGAUAGUAAAGAUUUCUUGAUGUCAGGACACACCAAUACCUCAUGAAGAGAGAUGUUACCUGAGGGAGUUGUGAUAGCCCCGGUUCCAACAUGAGUAACCGGUAGAUAGGCUCCAUCUCCGACCAUCACAGCAUCAGUUCCUUCAUAAGGAUGCGACGUCUGGAGGUUGUGAGGUGAGGAGGUGAUGUGAGCCGAGGCACCGGAGUCAGGGAACCACUCUCUGCCAUUCUCAUCAACGUGAACUGUCAUGUAAGCAGCGUUGUUUUGAUAGGCAUUGUUGAACCUGUUGUAGCACUUCAAGGCGGUGUGACCUAUCUUCCCACAGAUCUGACAUAUAGGACGCUCACCAGAGGUAGGAGGAGGAGUUUGAUGUUGAACAAAGCCACGCCCUCUUGUCGAGUAACCACCUCUUCCUCUGUAAGAUCCACGACCACGUCCUCUGUAGUUUGGAUUGUAAGUGGGAGCAGGAGGGUUUUGGGCUUGCGGAGAAGCGGCAGGUUGAGCUGCAAACGCCAUGUGCGGGUUCAUUGUAGCACUAUCUUCAUACGACUUUAGUUUAGACUCAAAGCUCUGCACUUCCGAGACGACAUCAGUAAAGGUUGGUUGAGGAAACUUCAUCAGAGAGCUUUGAAUCACAGUUGUGAUAGGAUCAUAUUCACGUCCCAACCCAUUGAGAAAGCCAAAGAUCUUCAUCGACUCAUCUACUGGUUUCCCAAUGGAGCUGAGCGAGUCGCAGAGAGUCUUGAACUCUCGAACAUAAACAGAAAGGGUCUUGCCUUUGUUCGUCAGAAGCUGCAGAUUCCGACGAAGAGUGUAUUCUCGUGCAAGCGAGCUCUUGUUGAAGUUCUCUGCGAGGCAGAGCCAUAUCUCCCGCGACGUCGUGAGAUUGUGAACGUAGCCUAGGACUUCUUCAGACAGGGUUCCAAAGAGCCAAGAGCGAACGAGUUGAUCGGAGCAGAACCACGACUCGUACUGAGGGUUUGGUGUUUGAGUCUCGACGCCUUCUACCACCGCGGUUCUCGUCGGAUCCGGAGCCGUGACAGCACCGUUGACGAACCCAAUCAACUUCUGGCUCGACAGCAAGGACUCGAAUUGGGUCUUCCAUAACAGAUAGUUCCCAUCGUUAAGCUUGAGAGUGACGGAGUGAAGGAUGUUGAGGUUUGUAGGAAACGCGUAAACAACAGGAUCGGCCAUAGCUACCUGUUAAGGUUUCUAUUGCUCUGAUACCAUGUCAAGAACAGAGUGAAACAGAGGUUUUGAAUGGAUAAUACUUUUUUCUCAUUAAUCUCUCUUGUUCGAUUACAUCAUUGUCUUAUAGUAGUCCUAAGAACAAUCUAGAUCCUGACAGCUAUGCUGACAGCUCAUAGCUUUACAGUUGUAAAGGUUCACACAUCUUCAAUGGCUAGAGUCUCAAAUCUAUUGCUGGUCUUUGUCUCUUGCGCAGGUACGGAAGAGGAUAGAGACGACCGUUGAAGACUAAGGUUCUUGGGCUUCGACUGACCUUGGGCUUGAGCUAAAGUCUGAUGGGCUUCAUCCAUACUUACACUAAGAUUCACGACAGCGACGAGUCUUCUUCAAGAAACGAUACCAAGAAGAGAAAAACAUUAACGUCGUCCGUGUCUACGUCGGAAAACAGUGGAACCAAAAAUAGUUAUGCAAGGAAAGGAAGGUCGAAGAGUAGAGAAGAAGAGAAAGAGAGAGAAGAUGUUCAUGUUAGAGUCAAAAGAGGUCAAGCCACUGAUAGCCACAGCUUAGCAGAGCGGGUUCGACGAGGGAAAAUAAACGAGAGAUUGAAAUGCUUGCAAGAUAUAGUCCCCGGAUGUUAUAAGGCAAUGGGAAUGGCUACGAUGCUGGACGAAAUAAUUAAUUACGUUCAGUCAUUACAAAAUCAAGUCGAGUUUUUAUCUACGGAGCUUACGGCAGCAAGUUCGUAUUAUGACUUUAACUCGGAGGCUGAUGCUGUUGAUUCCAUGCAGAAGGCAAAGGCACGUGAGGCAGUGGAGAUGGGGCAAGGGAGGGAUGGGAGCAGUGUCUUCCAUCCAUCAUCAUGGACCCUUUGACUUUUGUUUUUUCCUCCCUUUUUGUCGUCUUUCUAUGUGCUCUUUUUUGGAACAAUAAUGUGCUCUUUCUAAAGUGCUCUUAUUUAAAUAAAAAUACUUAGUAGAAUGUUUCAAUAAUGGGCUUAUUGCAAAAGUGACUCAAAACUUGAAUUCAAACAGAAAACUAACCUUUUCUUUUGACUCAUUUUUUUUUGAGUUUUUAACCCCACAUCUGCAUUUUAUCUACGAAAAUGCCAUUAACCCUUUUUUUUUUUUUUUUUCGAAAAUGGCUUCUUUACUGUCUCAACCUCAUUUUCUUCAAGUAUUUACAAUAUUGCCACUGCCAUGAAUAGUGGGAACAACCUUGUACGAACUGUUUGGAGCUUUUAAUGCCCUUUAAUGCACGUAAAUCUCUUUACACUCUCUCUGUUUCAAUUGUUAUGAACUAAAAACAACAUUUCUUUCACUUUCUCUCCAUAUUCAUCCAAAAAACUGAAGCUUUUGAUUCAAAAUUGUUUGGAGCCAUAUUUCUUUCGUUUUGACUUACGGUUGCUUUCGUUUGAGGUUCUGGGUGGUUGGAGAAGACCCUGUGUGCAAACAAAGUCAUCUCACCUAGUUGAAGGUACGAAUUUGAAUUUUUUUCAAAAUCUGUUCGCGUAGAAGACUUACAAGUAAGUCAUCUGUAUGUAGAAGACUUACUGAUGAGUCUUCUGGUCAAACGGACGACUUAAACUAAGUCGUCCAGCUUUGUUUGGUGAAAAAAAACAGUCCAGACGACUUAUAUAUAAGUCGUCUACGAGAAACAGGCUAGUUUUGCAUUUGACCGAAUCGUGUCAGAUCUUUGACUAUUUCUGGACGACUUAUAAUUCAGUCGUCUCUCGGAAAGUUAAAAUUUCAAUAUUUUAUUAAACUAGACGACUUACGUGUAAGUCGUCUUAGGUUAGUUUUGUAGUUGAAAAAUAAAACUUCAUAAUUUAAUUUUUACCAGACGACAUAAUAUAAAGUCGUCCCGUCAGAAGACUUAAUUUAAAGUCGUCCGGGGAAAGCAAAGUCGUCCAGAAUUUUUCCCAAUUAAGUCGUCCAAACCUUGCUUAUCCCGGACGACCUUAAAUUAAGUCGUCUAGCUGGACGACUUUUAGUUAAGUCGUCUGGAGAAAGUUAAAUUUCAAG